UGCUGCCCCCGAAAUUAAAAUAUUUUACAAAAACCUAACAUGUAAAAAAAAAAUUUUGUUUUCGCAUACUACACAUUUUUUUGAAAUUCCUCGAAUGACAUUUAAUUGUUUACUGAAAGAGACGUCACAAUCAUGGCGGAUGUGGCGAACAGCGUUUUUAGUGUUUAAAAAAUAUAGACUAAAAAAUAUUUUUUAAAAUUAAAUUUCUACAGCAAUCUUCUGCUUUGAAUGAAUGCUAAUGAAGUGAACUCGAUAUAUUUAGGUUCCUUAGACCAAAUACUGUAAGAAAUAAACAUUUAUUUAAUACAAUUCGACAUGAGUCAACUAGCCUAUUGUAAGAAUUCUGCCCCUGGAAUGACGGCAUCCCGUAUGUUUACUUUUCAAAUGUUUGCAACAGUACGUUACAAUAUUAUUUAGAUGUCAUAAAUUCUGUGAUGAUCUCCGGUAACAUUCCUCCAUCUUGGAAAUAGCAAACAGUGUUGCCCAUCCUAAAAUCGGGAAAAAAAUCAUCUGAAGCACUUUCAUAUCGUCCCAUCGCUUUAUCGUCAGUUUUGUUAAACUUAAUGGAACAUUUGAUUAAAAAUCGUUUAGAAUGGUUUAUUGAGAGUAAAGGAUUAUUUUCUAAUACCCAGUAUGGGUUUAGAAAAGGUAAAAGCAGUCUUGAUAAUAUUUCUAUCCUCACCACAGAUAUUCGCAUAACUUUUGCAGAAAACAAUUCGUUAGUAGCUGUAUUUGUUGACUUGUCUUCCGCGUAUGAUAAUGUUUUAUUGGAUAUACUCAAAUAUAAGGCCUUCCACAGGGAUCUGUACUUAGUCCUAGUUUAUAUAAUAUUUACACACACGAUUUAGAAAACGCUAUUUGCUCAAAACAACAAUAUUAAGAUACUUCAGUAUGCCGAUGACCUUUUGCUGUAUGAUAUUAAUAAAUCCAUUGAUGAGUCACAGAGGUUUUUGUCAGCAGCAUUGUCAAAUUUAAAAAGUUGGAUGGAUUCUAAUGGCUUAGAACUUUCUGCUUCUAAGAGUUCUAUUGUAAUUUUUUCACGCAAGAAUAAACUCAAUCCCGUUUCUUUAACUUACGACAACAUUGUAAUUCCAGUUGCGGACCACGUCAAAUUCUUGGGCGUCGUCUUAGAUUCUACUUCGCUUCGUCGCUUACUGGCAACCGCCAUUGCGAAUAUGUUGUUAACAAAUGCGAUCGCAUGGUGAACAUGCUAAGGUGCCUGUCAGGAGUUUGGUGGGGCGCCCACUCGUAUUCUCUAAGAUUGAUUUAUAAUGCUCUUAAGCAUUUUAGAUUAUGGCUCCUUUUUGCUAGAACCAGGAAAUAUAACAGCCUUUAAUAAACUAGAUAAAAUUCGGAGUAAAGCCCUUCGAAUAAUAUUAGGAGCCAUGAAAUCGAGUCCAAUAAACUCUAUGCAAGUAGAAUGCUGUGAACCUCCUUUAGUAUUGCGACGGCAAUUCAUCUGCGACAAGUUCUUUGUUCGUACAAUCCAAACUUCUAAUCAUCCAUUGCUUUCUUUACUUAUAGAACUCAACGAAAAAAUUCAAACUUAUAGUUAUUGCGCCAAUAAAUCUCUACCAUGUCUUUUAAUUAGUUAUAGAAGAUUUGCUUCACUUUCUGCCCCCACAUACAGUUCUAAUUUCCUUCCUAUAUUUAAUGUUCCGUUUGAAGCUUUAACUUAUUCCCCUGUCGUGCAUUAUGGUUUAGUAGACAAAUAUGAUUUAAAUGCUAAAUUAAAAUUUUCUCAUGUUAUUAAUGAUUUCCACCAUGUAUUUUGCGAUGCUUCUAAACAUUUAUCGACUACGUGUGUUGGGGAAGGGAAUUAUCAUUCUCAGUUUAAUAUAGUGCAGAAAGUCAAACUUCCUCCAGAAUCGUCGGUUUAUUCAGGAGAAUGUUUUGGUAUUUUUAAAACAGUUGAAUACAUUAAAAUCAUGAAACUUAAAUCUGCUGUAAUAUUUACAGAUUCAAAAAGUGCCUUACAAUCGCUAGAAAAGUUCCCAUUUAAAUUGAAAAAUUAUUCCCCUAUAAUUUUUAAUAUAUAAGGCAAAUGACACAGGAAUGUAUCAAAAAUGGUCAGCAUAUAGAAUUUGCGUAGAUUCCUGCCCAUAUCGGCAUAGCUGAUAAUGAAUUAGCUGACAGUCUGGCAAGAGAUGCUGUAUCAAGUGGCGAUGUCUUUCCGUUCCAAAUCUAUUGUUUAGAUUUAUUAGCUAUUCCUAAAUCUGUAUUGCGGGAAAAAUGGGAACAAAUGUAGAAAUAUAGUAAACUAACAAAAGUAAAUGUUAUGCUGCAAUUCAGGUUCAUGUUCCUUCUAAACCUUGGUUUUUUAACAUGAAGUUUGGUAAGACGGAGACGUCCAUGAUUAAUAGAAUGAGACUGGGCCAUACGUCUGUGCCUUCCCAUCUUGCCAAACUCAAUAUAUUAUAUGAUCCUAGGUGUGACUACGGGUUCGAUGAGGGAAAUGUUGAUCACAUUGUGUUUUCCUGUCCUCUAUUCCGUAGAUCCCUACUUUUUAAAGACUUAUUAUCCCUUCAUAUACCUUUCCCGACCAAUAAAGCUACACUUCUACAUACUAAUGACCUAUCGGUGUAUAAAUGUAUUAUAUCUUUUGUUUUGCUCAAUAAUAUAAAACUUUAAAUAUGUAUAUAAAUUUAUAAAUGUAAAUAUGUAUAUUAUGUAUUUUUUACAAUCCUGAUCCUUUCCAAAUUUCGUAAUAUUUCCGAUUCCUUUUUUCCCAUUGUUUCCCUAAUUUUUACUUGACAUUGGCUGAACCAAAAGUUACUCUAUGGGCUGAACGCACAAACCGUGCAUGCCAUAAAAAAGAAGAAGAAAAUGUUUUUAAUUUAACUCAUUCAGUAAGAGGAUUAUAAUUAAGCUCCUUUUUAUUGUUUGCAAAACGGUCGGAAAACACAAACAAGAACAAGCGGAGCAAGAGAGGAAGAUCUCAGUUUUCUAUUUAUUUCAGCUUCAUACUACUAAAAACAAUUAUAUCACCGUGUAUAACACUUUGUAAUUUAACAUUAUGUCUAACGAAAGUUGUUUAGGUCUUUUACUUGACAUAACUCCUGCGUUUCGUCCGUUUAUACAGUGUGUCUAUCAAGAUUUAAAACUGGGUUUGUGUAAAACUAAAGUUGAUAUAGAAAGAAUAUCAGUAGUGUGUGAAGGUGCUGAAAAUCAAUUCCGCCUUGUAUUACCAUACUGUUCAAAAAAACUAAAAUGGGAAGUCAUUUUCGAUCCCAUGACUCCUUGGUUUGCACCCGACUUCAGAUUUGAUGAUGAUAGCUUCCUAAAUAAUUGUGAUGUAGAAAUUAUUGAACAAAGAUUACCAAGUCUUUCCAAAUGGAAUGAAAGUAACCCUAAAGCUUUAAGUGAUGUUAUAUCAGAACUGAUUCAUCUAUACAAAAUACAUCAGAUUAACAAAUUGAAUGAAGAUGAAAGUUCCCGAGCAUCUUUUGAAUACAGUGCUCUAUUGGGUGAUGCAGUAACUUCUGAAAAUGAUAUUGAAGUGUGGGUCGGUGGACAUGUUGUAGAAUUUUUAAUCAAACUAAAUGUUGAUACAUCUCAUCUUCCAGAAUUGUACAAUGAAGGAGUGGAACAAAAUCCUGGAAUUGAUACUGCUCUUUUACUUGUGCGUUACCCCAAUUCGACAAAUGCAGAAUUAAUAUUAUCUCCUUUGCUUAACAAGUCACUUGGAAAUAUUGUCUUACCAGUGAUGCAUCAAUCAAGUGUAUUAAUGGAUUAUGUUCCAAUGGUCACAGAGUUACUAAACAACAAAAUUAAGGAGCUUCUUAACAAUGAAAAGUUGAAACGAGAGCUUUUAGCGCAAUUGAUAGUGAAAUAUGAAGGUGCUAUAUUAGAACAUGAUGCAAACAAUGCAGCAUUCCUCUUUGAAAUGAACGAUUUUCAUUGGAUCCUUCAAAUAGAUAUUGGUGUAAAGUUUCCUGAUAAACCCCCAAUAUUGACAUUACGAUCCGUUUACCAUUGUAACAAGGGCAAACCAAAAUUCAAAGUGCUCCCUUCCUGCCCUUAUAAAAAUUUUGAAGGCUACAUUGAACAGCAAGUUCAAAUAUUCAAGAAUGAAUGCAAGGGAGUGCUGCACAACAACAGCAACCAAGUAAUGAAUAUUGAGAACUUAUAAAGAUGUAAUGUAUUUACUUCAUGCAGAAUCAUAGAAAUAAAGGAUUGAUUUGUCAGUAA